AUGCAUGUAACAUUUCUUAACUGCUGUUUCCAUAAAGAUAAUCAAUGUAGCGUUAGAAAUAUACUGCAAGCUGAUUAUAUGUAAUACAUAUAAAGAAAUGUAGCUAAAGGCAAAAUCGAGUUUCGUUGCAUUAUAGCGUGUAAUAUCCACACAGUACGACCGAGAACAAUAGAAGUGCAUUUUACAACACACUAGAAACAUGUCUUCGUUCGCACCCGAAUCGAAAGGAUCAGGGUCGACCGACAGUUCCGGGUACCAGGAGUUCGACAAAGCAGAUGCCACCUUCUUUGCAGGUAUAGGAAAAAUUCCAUUCAAGCCGGAUGCCGGACCUGCAGAAACUAUGGUGUACAAACACUACAACCCAACACAGGUUGUCAUGGGACGAACAAUGGAAGAAUGGUUAAGAUUUUCCGUCUGUUUUUGGCACACAUUUAGAGGAACAGGUGCUGAUCCAUUUGGCUUCCCGACCCUGAUCCGACCAUGGGAUGAUGGUAGUAACACAAUGUCAAACGCACGUAGAAGACUUCGAGCAGGGUUCGAGUUUUUCACCAAACUUGGUGUGAAAUACUGGACAUUCCACGACAGAGAUAUUGCGCCGGAAGGAGCUACCUUGGAAGAGACUAACCGGAAUCUAGAUGAGAUUGCAGACCUUGCCUUAGAAUUACAGAAAAAGACAGGAGUGAAAUUACUCUGGGCCACAUCAAACCUGUUCGCACAUCCCAGAUACAUGAAUGGGGCGGGCAGUAAUCCUGAUGCAAGUAUUUUUGCCUACGCCGCAGCCCAAGUAAAGAAAUGUCUCGAAGUUGCCAAGAGACUCGGCGCAGAAAAUUUCGUGUUUUGGGGCGGACGUGAAGGAUAUCACACAUUGCUGAACACAGAUAUAUUGCAAGAGCAGAAUCAUUUGGCAAACUUCUUUAGAAUGGCUUCAGAAUACAAGAAAAAGAUUGGAUUUACUGGCACUUUGCUUAUCGAACCAAAACCAAAAGAACCAUCAAAACACCAGUAUGAUUAUGAUGCUAUGACAGUCAUCGCAUUCUUAAAGACCUACGGACUUGAUAAGGAGUUCAAGCUUAACAUAGAGCCUAACCAUACCACACUUGCCGGUCACGGGUAUGAACAUGAUGUUGCCAUGGCAUCAGCGUUCGGUAUGCUGGGCUCUGUAGAUUCGAACACGGGUUCCCCAGAUCUUGGUUGGGAUACGGAUCAGUUCCCUAUGGAUAUCAAAAACAGUACACAAGUUAUGAGGGUCGUACUAGAACAAGGUGGAUUAGCACCGGGUGGUCUAAAUUUUGACUGUAAAGUACGAAGAGAGUCUACCAAUCUUAAGGACAUGUUUAUUUCUCACAUAGGUGCAAUGGAUUCAUUUGCAAGAGCAUUGAAAUGUGCUGCAAAGAUCAAGGAGGAAGGGGUCUUUGCUAAACAUGUCGAGGAACGUUACAGCUCGUAUAGAAGUGGGAUUGGACAGAAAAUCGACCAAGGUACAGCAACGUUCGAGGAACUCGAGAAAUACACAAUGGAAAAUGGCGAGCCAACGGCAGCAUCUGGUCAGCAAGAACAUUAUGAAACCAUGAUGAACUAUUAUGUCUAACAAUUCAGCCACAUAUUGAAUGAGCAAAGACGAUUAAUGUGCAACACAAAAUAAUUAGGGGAAAUGUAUACUUAAUAUAUAUUACAUUGUACAUGUAUUUACAACAGCACAAAUCUGAUCUGUAACAUUUGGUAUCUCACAGAAAUUGUAAACACUGAUUUCUUAGCUUAGGUAGUAUACCCUAAAAAGAAACAUAUCUUGGGUGUUUUUGAAAACGGUAUCUUUUUAAAUAUGUAUACGACCUAACCAAGAAUAAUGUGAAUUUUCAAAUCACACUUGCGUUUUGAAUUAUAUAUGCACAUGAACACUUUUACUUUGUAAUCAUAUCUUUUAUUGUAUUGGAUAAGAUGUUUAGAAUACUAGUAAUACUGCAAAUGGGCACUGCAGAGACUUAUUGAAAUAAACGUUUCAAUAUAGCCA